UUUACAAAUGUGAACAUGUAAUCAGAUUCAUAGAAAUGUUUUUAAAACUUGUUUGAUUUGAAAACAUGUUGCAAAAUGUGACAACUUUUUAAAAAUAAGCAUCGUUUUUUGAAAUUGUACAUACAAAUAUUCAUUAAAGUAUUUAUAUUCAUCAAAUUAGUUAAAGAAAUUCCAGUUGCACAAUGGAAGGAACACAAGAUUUGUGGAUGCCAUUUAAAAAACUUGAAAAAGUUAUUCGUUUCACUUUAACCCGACCAACGAAACCAGCUUUAUUAGCUUUAGAAGAAUGUUUACGAAAACAUAAACAAAACUUUUUAACACUCUUAAAAAAUCAGCCUAAGAAUGCUGCACACCGUGAAGAAUUAAAUAAAGGAGUUCACACCGGAAUUACAAUGCCCGGUAUUGGACAUCAAAUUUUGUCGAAGGAACUUGUUCAAGAAACUUUAAUCAUAUCAGAUAUGUACGAUUUAAACGAGUACAUGGCCUUGGAUUUACUCUGCACAGCUCAAAUGUAUUUAUCAAGUUAUCCCGGAUUAACUCGUGGUUUGGUUGCUAUUUUACUAUAUUAUGAUGGACGUAAUGCAUUGACUAACACUUUACGAAUGUUAGUUCAAGCACGAUCCGGCGUGCUUUGGACUUCAGAUGCUUCUCCAGACGUUGUUAAAUUCAUUACUCGAUUUACCGAUCAAUUAUUAGCGGAUGGCUUAUUCAAUAGAAUUUUUGAAUUGCUAAACAGCUUAGAUUUAUCAAAAGAGAUCGAAUUAUUACAGAAAAAUCGUGCUCUAGGUGGUCCAAAACAUCAUCGUCAAGUAUUGGAUUUAUAUGAGAAAAUACGUCAAAAUUUAGCGGAUGUUGUUUACAUGUGGGCAGCACAAAGUGGGCUCCCUCGUGAACCACUGUUUGCCUUGAUUAAUCAUUUAAAAGUUACCAAGCUUGAGGCCGAUUCCUCGGGUGGUAUUGAUAACAUUACACUUACUUUACAAAUGGGCUUGUUAUAUGCCUUAGACUUAAGUAUGCUACAAAAAAAUGAAGACGAAGACGAUUUUAUACGAAAACUACCAUUGGUUUGCGAUCAAGGAUUAAUUGAUGCUCUUAUUCAAGAGCUAACUCCUGAUAGAUGUAAAUGGGAAUCAGAAGGUUUACAAGCGUUAUCAAUUUUUGCAUGGGGUUUGAGCUUAGCCACACUUCGUUUAAGUUUCUUUGCAACAAUAUCUACUGGGGCGACAGAACAAGCAGAUGUUCUUGUAGAUUAUGCAAUUCAAAUGCGUGUUUUCGACUUUCUACAUCGUGUUUACUUAGAAAAUAAAGUUAUUUUCAAUGAAGAAUUUUAUAUUCGUCGCUUGCAUAUUCUUAUAACAGAUUUUAUUGUUUUGAUGCAUUCAAAAGUUAAAGAUUUACGAAUUCGUGCGGAUGAAACAGCACGCACUAUUCAACAAUACACUCAAGAAGGUGUGGCUGCACCUGCAAAUUUGCCGCAAUACUAUCAAAAUUUAUUGUUGGCUAUUGCUAAGCUGUACUCGAAAGAUACUCUUAAUUUAAAGCUUAUUUUGGAUUACUGGAAUAGUAUUGAUACUUCGGCACCAUCUCGUUCGACUUCACGUGCGAUUUCUCUGUUUAAAUUUGUUCGACAGGCCGGAGAACUUUUACCACCAAUUUUAUUCGUACCUUACUUAAAAAUGUUAAGUAGUUUAGCAUCUUGCUCUCAAGCAGCGCGCCAUACUUUUAAUUUACUAAAACAAAAUGGUCCAGGAAAUAGUAGCGCCAUUUCGUGGGAUCAUUUUUUCAAUUCAUUAAAUCAGUAUUACGCAAGUUUACGUCAAGAACAACCAUCGCAAACUGAUACAAUGUAUUCGAUCCGCACACAUUGUAAAGGAAUUACUCCAUUAGAAUUGGAUGGCUUGCAUUGUGUCUUACUUUUGAUUCGCACUGUAGCGACUCAUGAUGAAUUCGCACGAAUUGCAUUGUGUGAGCAUCCUGGGUGGGCUCCACUUAGUGUGCUUCUUGGUUUGGUUAGUUGUUCUGUCCCAAUUCCAUUGAAAGCUGAUCUUUUGAUUACUUUGGCAGCACUGGCAAAAUCGCCAGAGACUGCUAGCCAACUGUGGAACAAUUUAGAAGCAUCCCAGAUUAUUGUAACGGUUCCAAGCACAAGUAGCUACCAACCACGUGGAGUCAAAACUGAGUUAGAAGAAAUAGAAGCCCGAAUGGAAGAGUAUCCAUUAACAAUUGGAUUACUUAAAUUACUAAACGUAUUAACUUCUUCGGGGGUUCCUAGAACCCUUGGUGUUGGUAUCCGUAAACCUGGGUUUGAUCCAUAUUUAACAAUUAUCAUCGAUUCGAUUUUUAUUAAAUUCAAUUCACGAUCAUAUAAAAAUAUCGAAGAAAAAUGGGAAAUUGCAAAUUUAUGUUUGGAAUUGUUUGUGAAAUUUUUAUCACAAUAUGAUCCACAAGCGAGUGAUUUUGCUGGCCUAGAACAAAAAUCUGAAGCGAAUUUAGCUCCAGGUUUUCAUAUUAUGUUACAAUUAAAUAGCAAAACGGAACUUUUACGUUUAGUGUUAUUUAUUCUAUUUGAAGGUACAAGACUUUUGGAUACAUAUGCAACAUUUGCGGGUAAAAAACAGUUAGAAACAACGACGUUGCUCUGUUUAAAAUUAUUAGAUCAAUGUUUGCAAUUGCAACCGAAAUUUUUCUCCUUUGUAACAUCAAGUGGUUGCGCAAUUUUGCUUACAAAAUUAAAUAAAUUGUUAUUAGGUAUGAAUCCUGGAACCGGAAAACCAGAUCAUUUACUAUAUAUAACGAAAUACGUUACAUACAAUGAUUGGUUAGAUGAACAUGCGAUGUAUGCUGUUAAAAUUUUAUUAGUUCUCACCACCUCCGUGAGUGUUAGUAAUCAUCUACUUGGUAUUCUUUCUGCUGAACCAAUUGGAUUAGAAAUCAUUUCUGGUUUCGUGGAGUGCAUGAACGCUGAUGAUGACGAAGAAUAUGUUGAAAAUCCUACUCAAGAUGAUAGCCCUAAAAUUAAAAGUAACACAAAACUAUGUAUUUUAAAGUUGCUUAAACAAUGUUUAUCCUUACCAGCACCUAAUUUAUCUCAUUAUUUGUUUGGGUUUAAUAUUAAAUCGGAUAUCAAAAGCACAGUGUUCCAACAGCCAGGAGUUAUGGGAUUCCCGUUUACAUGUUUACAUGCAUUGUUUGCAAUCUUAAACAAAUUCUUGAAAAAUAAGAGUGACGGAAUUACAUGCAAUGGAAAUGUUAUAGAAUCUGCGUAUGCGAUGUUAUAUUACCUAUGCGCAAAUCCACAUACUUCUGAGCCCGUGCUGCGAUUUAUUCGAUUAAAACAUGAUUUCCUGGAAAAACACAUCGAAGCACUUCCAUUAAACACAAAAUGCGAUGCAACAACAUUAAAUCAAAUCUCGUGGCUGUUAAAAAUGGUUGCAAUUGAGAUUAAAAUAAGCUCUGAGAGUAAUCAUAUUUCGCAGUUAAAUUCAUUAAUCCGUUUAUGUUUGGGUCAUUCACAAAAACCGAUUUCAAUAAAUACAGAUAUUGAUAUGAUAUCAAACAAGGAAGUAAAUAAAUCGAUAAAUCGAUUAGUGGAUUUGUUGAAUAAUUUGAAAUUCGAAAGAGGACAUUUACCUACUCCAGAAUGGGAUGAAAGUCUAUUUGAUAGUGCGUUAAUGGAAAAAUUACUUGUAAAAUGUGAACACACUUUAGGUGGAAUACGACUGAUUAAUAUAAAAAAAUUACAUCGAAUUUUAAUGGAUGAAUUGGGCACACUACAAGGAGGCGCUGUUGCUACACAGAAGCAAUUGAUUGUCAAACAAUUCGAAAAAGUAUUAAUGUACGCGAUUAAGUACAAUAAUACACGAAAUGAAGUUGCUGCAUCUGUUCGAUUUAUGGAAUCGUGGAAACAAAUUGUAGAAAUAUUAUUUAUCACCGUUCCAACAGAUGUUUUAAAUCUACAUUCGCGUCAAACAUUCCUUGUUCAAAUGUUGCAUUCGCUGUUGUGCAAAUUUGUUCCCGCUCAUAUAACCACUGAAUUAGGCAACAUCAUCUCUGAAUCAGUUUUAAUGUUAUUCGUUUGUUUACGACAUUCAUAUAUUAUGGAAGGCAAACAAAUUGCAAUACAAAAUACUGCAAAUCAAAAUACAAAUAUUACACUAUAUUCAAGCACGGUAACUUUGCAACAUAUUCUACGAAAAAUUGCAGAAUGGAUAAUUGUAUCUGAAGUGACUGCGCAAAAAAUACGCAUCAACUUAUAUGGAGCUCUUUUACAUUCAAUAAAUAUUUUAAAUGUUAAACAUACAGCUGAUUUGGAGAACAAACGAGUUCAUGGAAGUAAUUAUGUUAAUCGAUUAGAUAAUUCAAAAUAUCGGUUUCAAGAACCGUUAAUUUUGCUGGAUGAAUUAUCUAAUUUUGGAGAAAAAUUAUUUGAUAUAUUGUGCCACGAUUGUACGGGGGGUCAUGAUGUAUCAAAAAUGUUAUCGCUUGCAACAAUUGAUAGUAUGAUCGAAAUGGAUUCAAACAACGAACGAGUUAAAUUCCUAUGCCUUCGAGGAUAUUUAAAACAUAUUAUUGAUAGUUUAUUGGAAAGUGAUAACAAAUUACGUGGGGUUUUAGAUUCUACACCAGAAACAUUACGUCCACUAUACUUAUACGAAUCAAAAAUGACUGUGCUCUGCCGUAUUGCAAUGACCCGAAGUGGAGCACAAGUUUUGCUUGAACAAAAAAUUUUAGGAUGUUUAGCAACAAUGCGUGUAUUUGAUUAUCAUCCAGAAAUUAAGCAAAACACGAAUACUUUAGACACAGAUUUACUGCCAUCUAUAGAGAAACGCUACCAUCAAAUAUUCUUCCCCCUUUUAAUGUUUUGUGAUGCUGUUAUUACGUCAUUAGGAUCUGAGAAUCAAUCAUCUUCAGUUCAAAUUUUACAUUGUUUAAUUAGUCACUCAGAAACAAUUGAAUUAAUUUUACGUAGUGGUAAUCCUGGAAUUAGUACAGGCGCACUCAAGGAACUAGCGUUACUUACGGGAGUGAUAGCCCGUGUUACAAAUCAUAAUACAAAUAUGCUUUUGGCAAAUUUGGAUGGAUUAGGUGAUAAUACAGCGUUCUUUACUCGUAUCCAAAAACUUAUGUUGGCUUUGUAUCCAAGAUUUGUGUUAAUUGAAAACGAUUUAAGACAUGUUGCGGGUACUUCGAAUGAAAUAAUCGAUGAAAAAUCUAUGAGACUGUUAAAUUGUCUACAAAUUUCUUGCCAUCUUGCGUUAUAUGCAAGGAAUUGUAUCGUAGGACAUGGAGUUGAGCAUCGUUCAUCGAAUGUAAUUUUCCCACCGACUUUAAUCGAAUCCCCCACCAACGAAUAUCGACAUCAGUACAAUAAAGUUGUAGACCAAUCGCCUGGCCUGGGUAUCGUAAUUAAACAACUAAUGCAAAGUGUUAAACACUACGAUCAAGUUAAAGUAGCUUUGGGUCUAUUAACGGAUAAAAUGGGCACAAUCUCGAAUAUGAAUAGCACAGAUCUAAAAGAUUUUAUUCCAAAUUUAAGUGAUAAAAUGAAUAUUAUGGAUUGUCGUAUAUUAGCGAAUGAAGUACUCAAAAAACAGUUACAUGAUAAACAGAAAGAGAUGAAAUUUUGCAAAUUUUUAAUUGAAAAUAGUUUGUAUUUAAUUUGGGCACAUUUAGAUUAUUAUAUGUUGCGUGCUAUUCCGAAAUCAGCAUUUCCACGAUUUAGUGGAAAUACUAGUACAUUUGGUGAAAGUGCAUUAGAAAGUGCAUCAGAAGUCUCAUGGAAAGUAACUGCAAAUGAUGUAUAUAAUUUAAAACAGAAUUUAGUUGGAGUAUUUAAUGAAACAUUUAGCAAGAAAUUGGUUGCCACAGCACAGGAACAAACUGAAGCAAAUCGUGGAUUUAUCGAAGCAUUAUUACGAAGAAUAAAACGUUUAAUACAAUUUGUACCAGUUCAUUAAAAAAACAGUAAAUUCUUCGUAUAAUUAAGUGUCUUAAUACUUUUUGUAAUUGUAACUUUUUUUUU